UGUCUUUACUCGGUGAGUGAUAUUGACCAGUGGACAUUUGACAUCGGCUCAAUAAACAAUAGCUUCUCCAUUACAAUGCAAUUUGUUAAAACUUUAGCAAUUUUGCUAGCCUGCGUUUGCAGCAUUUUAAAUGCAGCUCCGCAGCAGAAAUGGGUGAGAGAUAUUGAGGAGACUCCUGGUCUUUUCGAGGGGGACAUAAUUCUUCCCCCUUCCAUCGAAAAUGGACUAAUUGACGAGGUUUACAGAUGGCCAAAUGCCACUGUGGUCUACGAACUCGACCCAACCUUCAUGGUAGAUGAGCUGGCAAAGAUUUAUGCCGGAUGGGCAGAAAUUACCAACACUACGUGCAUCAAAUUCAGGCCAAAAGGACCCUCCGACACCAAUUACGUAAUGGUUCGAAGAGGAGCAGAAGGAACUGGGUGUUCAUCCUCAGUCGGGAUGAGGGGAGGACAACAAGGAAUGAAUCUUGAGGCUCCAUCCUGUACAAAUCGACACGGAACAAUCAUUCAUGAAAUGCUUCAUGCUAUCGGAUUUUAUCACGAGCAAUCGCGACCGGACAGAGACGACUAUCUAACCGUCGUUUGGGACAAGAUUGAGCCUGGAAAAGAACACAAUUUUAAUAAGUACCCAGAAGACACGGUCACCACAUUAGGGGCUCCCUACGACUAUGGUAGUGUUCUUCACUACAGUGCUCGAGGAUUUUCAAUUGACGGGAAUGAUACUCUCGUGCCCAAGAUUCCUGGAGUUACAAUUGGUCAAAGACUCCAAAUCAGCCAGCUGGAUGCUGGAAAAGUUCGGCUAAUGUAUAAUUGUCCGGAUGAAUGGUGAAGCUUUACAAAAAAUUAAAAUUAUACCGUUAUAAUAAUAAACCGUUGUGAACAAACAUAAAGAAGUUGAA